AACGACGUCAUAGCUAUGAUCCAUUCGUUAUUCGUAGUUUUUUUGAAUUUUAAAAACUUAAAAUAAUAAUUUAUACAUAUCCCUACCUAUUUAAUAUUUUCUUUUUUUAUUUUUGUUAUUCAUCCAAAUCGUUGAACCUAGAAGUUAGAAUUAUCGUCUAUCAUAGAUUUGGAGACAGUUGGAAAGAAUGUUAUAUUUUGUUUGACAGACUUGUGAUUGAACAAUGGAGAUAUAGAGAUCAUAAUUUGUUUUUAAUAUAAAUCAAUGUUUUGAUAAAAGUUUUGAACUUUGAAUAGGUGUCAAAAGCAAUUAGAUUUGAGUUACAAACACAUGCACUGAUUAUAUGUAGACAUUAUAAAUAAAAUAACAAGUAAGUGUAAUUUAAUUAAACAUCAAAAGUUGUCUUAUUUACAAUGAAACGGAAAACCAAAUCCGGAAAUGCAUAUACACCAAUCAUGCUUAAAAAUUCAAUUGAUGAAGUUCCAAAAUAUAGUAAAAACACAAUUUUUUCACUACUUACCAUUCUGUUGUUGAUGUCUGUUUUAAUAUAUCUACAUAUGAGUGACAGUGAAAACAUAUUAGAAAAUAGUAAAAUUUUAAGCAGAUAUCUUAAACAAAAGAUUAAUAUUGGUUCUAAUCAUGGAGUUAAUAAUUACUGUACUGUAACUUCGGAUGAAUAUAAAUUUGAUUGUUUUCCGAGAGGGAAAGCUGAUAAGGAAAGCUGUGAAAAAAGAAAUUGCUGUUGGUCACCUAGUACUCCAAAUUCUCAAAUACCAUGGUGUUAUUAUUCUUCAAAUUAUAGUAAUUACAAAGUAAUUAAUGUGACUGAAUCCAGAAAUGAAAUAACAGCAUUUUUUAACAUAACGACAAACACCAUUUAUAAAAAUGACAUCAAAGUAUUGUGCAUGGAUAUUUCAUUUCAAACGGCACCAUAG